AUGUCAACCGCGCCAGAUUUCAACAUUUCGUCAAAUACGGCUCGCGAGUACGAGUCGCAGUACUCGGCACACAACUACCACCCCUUGCCCGUGGUUUUCAAAAAGGCCAAAGGUGCGCAUGUGUGGGACCCCGAGGGCAAGGAAUACCUUGACUUUUUGUCGGCAUACUCAGCGGUGAACCAGGGCCAUUGUCACCCUAAGAUCAUUGAGGCGUUGGUUGAUCAAGCUCAAAACCUUACCUUGUGCUCCAGAGCGUUUUCUUCGGACGUUUUCGGCGUCUAUGCGAAAUACAUUACUGGGUUUUUCAACUACGAAAUGGUUUUGCCCAUGAAUACCGGUGCUGAGGCUGUUGAAACGGGGUUGAAGUUGGCUAGAAGAUGGGGCUAUGUCAAAAAGGGCAUCCCUCAAGGCGAAGCUAUCAUCUUGGCUGCUCAAAACAAUUUCCAUGGGAGAACAUUGGGUGUCAUUUCCAUGUCUACUGACACCGAUGCCACUACAAACUUUGGCCCCUAUUUGCAAAAUGUUGGUGCGCACAUUCCAGGAACACAAGACGAGAUUAUCAGAUACGGCGUGAUUGAAGACAUUGAAAAGGCUUUGGCAAAUGCGGGAGACAAGGUUGCUGCAAUAUUGUUGGAACCAAUCCAAGGCGAGGCCGGUAUCGUGGUGCCGCCAUCGGAUUACUUGCCCAGAGUGCAAGAAUUGUGCAAGAAAUACAAUGUCUUGCUCAUCUGUGACGAGAUUCAAACUGGUAUUGCCAGAACCGGUAAAUUGCUAUGCUAUGAGCACUCUCAAGGGGUCAAGCCGGAUAUCGUAUUGUUGGGUAAGGCAAUCUCGGGUGGAGUGAUUCCCGUGUCGGCGGUGUUGUCGUCGAAGGAGAUCAUGUCGACAUUGGAACCAGGCUCGCACGGUUCCACAUACGGUGGUAACCCCUUGGCUUGUCGCGUUGCCAUUGCUGCGUUACAAGUGAUUAAGGAUGAAGAGCUUGUAGAAAGAUCACAACGAUUGGGUGACUUGCUUCGAUCCAAGUUGGAACUGUUGCAAAAGGAAAGCAAUGGCAUCAUUAGUGAAGUUAGAGGUGUCGGCUUGUUGUCGGCUAUUGUCAUUGACGAGGCUAAAACUAACGGCAGAACUGCCUGGGAUUUGUGUCUAUUGAUGAAAGAUCACGGGGUGUUGGCCAAGCCAACUCAUGAUAACAUCAUCAGAUUGGCUCCACCUCUAGUCAUUAGCGAGGAUGAUUUGUUGAAAGGUGUUGAAGCCAUUAAGGAAUCAUUGAAGGAAUUGCCAACGGCACCAAAAGCAGACCAUUGA